UUCAUUUCCCUUUUGUUUUUUUUUUUUUUCUUCCCAGAAGAAAGAAAGAAAGAAAGAAAGAGAGAGAGAGAUAUGGAUGAUUAUAAUUAUUCUUUGUCUCCUCUAUCCCUCCUUCGUCGGAUUAAAGAUUCCUUCCAUUCGGCCGUCUCGGGCCUCCUCGCCAGCCUCUUCUCCGCUCUCUUCACCUUCUUUUUCGCUUUAGUGGGGACAUUGCUAGGAGCAUUGACAGGGGCUUUGAUCGGCCAAGAAACAGAGAGCGGUUUCAUCAGAGGAGCCGCCGUUGGUGCCAUCUCUGGCGCUGUCUUCUCCAUCGAAGUCUUUGAAUCUUCCCUCCUCCUCUGGCAAUCCGAUGAGUCUGGGAUUGGCUGCCUUCUCUACUUGAUUGAUGUCCUUGCUAGCCUUUUGAGCGGCCGGCUUGUUCGUGAGCGUAUCGGUCCUGCCAUGCUAAGUGCCGUCCAGAGUCAGAUGGGAGCUGUCGAGUCUCACUUCCAAGAGCACACAGACAUCUUUGACACUGCCAUUUCAAAGGGUCUCACUGGUGACUCUCUCGCCAGGAUUCCAAAGGUCCGAAUCACACACACCUCUGAGGACCGGGUCCCUUGCUCUGUCUGCCUUCAGGACUUUCAGGUGGGAGAGACGGUUAGAAGUUUGCCGCAGUGCCAUCAUAUGUUCCACCUACCAUGCAUCGACAAAUGGCUUCGCAGGCAUGCCUCUUGUCCCUUGUGCAGAAGACAUCUUUCUAUUGAAUGAACCUCUCUUUUCUUUUGUCUUCUCUUCUUUGUACAUGAGGUAUAGGCUCCCCCCAUACACAUUUACAUACACACAUUAGUAUAGUGUUCAUUGAUUAUUUUAGAUGAUUACUCGUUACAGAGAUUCUGAUGCACCAAUCAUUGUAAUUUUCCUUCACUCAUUUCUUGGAGAUCCUGUUUAUUUAUCUUAUUCAUUCUUUGA